GUCCCACGUGACGCGGAAGCGGCGGGCGCGCAGCUCUCCCCGCCUGGGGAAGUGAGGUUGGCGGAGCCGCCCCCGCUGCGGAAAGGCGGCAGGUUCGGCGCUGCGCGGAGCGGCGGACGGGAUGGUAGGGGACGGCGAGGAGCAGGCUCCGCCGCACGCCCCGGAGCUGAAACACAGGCGGAAGAGCCCCCGGUUCGCGGCCGAGGCCGAGCCUGACUCCGGUGGGGCGCAGGAGGGAGGCGAGCCGGCCUUCGGCAGCCCGGGCAGCCUGACCCGGCCCCCCAUCCGCGCCUGCAGGGUGGUAGGUGGUUCUUCGUCUUCCUUCCUGCCGGAGAGCCCAGCAAAGGAAAAAGUGAAUGAUUAUGAUGUGAGUGAACCCAAGAAUCCAGCAGGGGAUCAGCCUAAUGCUUAUACACCGUUGAAAGAAAGUAAGGCUGACUUCUCUGAGAAAACUCAAGAGUACCAUGCUACAAAAUCACAGAGCAGAAGUAAAUUCCGAGAUCAGCCCAGCACAGGGAAGCAGUCACAGCACUUAGCCAAAAAGGAUGGAUCACAGAGUGGAUUUCCCAAGGGAUGGACUUUGUUACUUGUUCUGUUAGUUAGUAUCUCCUUGUUUUCCAUCCUGUGGAUUAAAGGACUAAACCUUCCAGAUGCAACUUUGUCAAUUAGAAAUACUCAAAUUCUACAGGCGUUUCGGACCCGGAUGAAGAAACUCAGAAAUACAUACCAAAGUCAGGACCCCAAUCUGUGGAAAAGAACCCAUGUGUUCCUUGAGAGGCACCUGAAUACUUCCCACCUGCAUUUGGAGCCAGCCAUCUUACUGUUCACAGCUGGCCAAGAAGCUGAGAAAGCACUGAGGUGUCUUAGUGAUGAGAUCGCCAACGCUUUUGCAUUCUCCCAGAAUGGAACUACAAUCAAAAUUAAUGGGGCUGACAAAGCCAUACUGGACAGUGAUGUUGUUAAGCUGGAGGUAGAUGAUGAGCUCAGCUCAGGGUUCAGGGAAGGCAAGAAGGUAGCAGUGGUGCAUCGUUUUGAGUUACUGCCUGCAGGCUCCACCUUGAUCUUCUACAAGUACUGUGACCACGAAAAUGCAGCAUUUAAGGAUGUGGCUCUUCUGCUGACAGUUCUCCUGGAUGAGCAGUCACUGAGAAGAAGCCUCACCUUGAAAGAAGUUGAGGAGAAGGUGCGGGAUUUCCUUUGGACCAAGUUCACUAGCUCAGAUGCUCCUAGUUCUUUUAACAGCAUAGAUACAGAUAAGCUGAGUGGAUUGUGGAGCCGUAUUUCUCAUCUUGUCUUGCCUGUUUGGCCUGAAAAGGGCCUCCCUAUAGAGGGAUGCACAUAACAGGUUUUAGAGUGGCCUUCAGAGAGGAGGAAGACAGAAAAUGUGAUGUGAUGGCUGAACAGGGAAGAACUGCAGCUGUUGAGCUCUGACACACACAGUUUCUGUGCAAAGAAACUUCAUCAAGUGGCAGGGGUUACUUCUGCUUGAGUAGCUGGGACUGGGACUCUGAACAAAACCUGCAGAAUGUAAGCAAGGAACUUGCUAGUUUUUGGUAAGUUGUCUUCAGUGACUUACUCAGGUUUGGUGUCUCGGAAUUAGAAGCAAGUGUGUGCCACUGCAGAACCACUCAUCUGCUUGUGAAGUUGUCUUGGUGCGCUGCUGUCUUUGCUCUGAAGAUCCUUUUCUGCUGAUAGGUAAAGCUAGUAUCAUGUGUGAUAAGGUAACGAGACAAAAACCUUAAUUGGACAGAAUUUACCUUUCUCGGAAUACAUUAACGAUGAUGAAGUGACACGAAUCCAUCUAAUCACAGCAUAGAUGUCAGCUAACUCUGGAGACUUCUUGAAACGGCAGAAUUGCCUGAGAGGUUUGUGACUUGUAGAGAAUGUUUCAGCAAGCAUUUCUUCCUCAAGUGAGCCUGCCCUGACCAGUUUGGAGAGUGAGAGAAGCUGAGGUACAAAGUAUUAGCUUGACACUGGUAGCAGAUGUUAGUUAAGUGAUUCCUCAGCAUCUCUUUGCAUCACUGCUGCAGAAGUUCUGCAAGUCUUAAAGUUUGAAGAGAAUUGGAAAAAAAAAAUGCCUACCAUGUGUGUACUAAAUGUUACAUCUCCUUUUCAAAUAAAUCCUUAGGCAGACAUAAUUAUUUCUCACCUUAGGAAGAUAAUUAUUUUUGCAUUAAGAGAAUGUAUUUAUUUGUGGUACCCUGUAAACUAGAAAAUAAAUCUUUUUUUCUCAUGUGCCUGUGUAUAACCUGCUGCUUGCUGCAUAAGCUUUUAGUGAAGAACAGAUUCGCAAUGCAUGUUUUUUAAAAUACAUUUUAGAGUGCCUCCUGCCAGGAAUCCCUCAUACCAGGCUAAAAAUGUCUUUCUGUUGUAAAUAUUUCUUGUAAAAAAAAAAAAAGUGAAUUGCAGCACUUCCAUUUCAUUACUAUUCGUGUAUGCUGUUAAACCAUGGGUCUGCAUGUAUUCAGUUUUGAGUAUGGAGGAAUGUAUGAAUACUGCUCUCAAAUGAAUAGGUCAUUUUCUUGUAACAGCUGAGAGCUCAGUGGUUCUUGGGUCCAUCCUUUACUCACAAGUCCCUUGAGCUGUCAUGUUGUCAAGGAGAACAUCUUGGAAGUGCUGGAGCUUCUGGCUUUGUUGUGCUAGCACAGAUUUGGGUCUGGUGUGGAAUUGACCAAAAUCACCCUAAGUGUAUAAAAGAGUGCAGAUGGGGGGGGGGGGAGAGAGAGAGCGUGCUGUGGUUGCUUGAGCCAGUGGUGGAGUUGUGUUUACCACUGAGAGCCAGUACUGAAUACCAGUUCUUAUUUUAAUGAGAAUACAAACAGUAAGAAGACAUGGGAGUGCUGCUGUUCUAGAUGUCUAAGAGUAGCUCAGGAAGAAAAAGAUGGCAUUUACAUUUUGAACAUUUCACUGGACAAAUGCUUUUUUUUUUAAAGAAAAAAAACAAACUGUGACCUAUUUCUGAGUGUAUCCUGAUAAUGUAUCUGCUUGUAUGUUAUUGUAAACUACUUUAGUAAUCAUUAAACAUAAAUUUACUUGUUUUAUAAAA